AUGCCGGUUCAUGAAGAUGUUACUGAUCCUCAGCUCGCAACGAUGUAUGUAGCUCAAUCAGUAGAUCAGGUUGAUCAUCAUCAUCCUUUGUAUAUUCACCCGUCUGAUACGCAAGGUUCGGUCCUUAUUUUUGUUCAAUUGCAAGGAUCGGAAAAUUCCUCGAUCUGGAGUAGGUCAUUGAAAAUUGUAUUGCAUGGCAAAAACAAGUUAGGAUUUGUUCUAGGCACCUGCAAAAAGAGCAACUAUGAUGUUAGCCUUCAUGAACUAUGGGAUAGAUGUAAUGCGAUAAUGCUUGCAUGGAUUAUGAAUACCGUGUCUCCUAAUCUGCUUAGUAGUGUAAUCUAUGCAUCGGAUGCCUAUAAUGUUUGGGAAGAUCUUAGGGAGAGAUUUGACAAAGUUAAUGCUUCUAGGGCAGCUUACUUACAUAAGGAAAUAGCUACACUAACACAAGGAGUAUCCCCUGUAUCUGUUUACUUUUCUCGACCAAGGGAACUGUGGGAUGAGUAUGAAAUGUUGACUCCUCCUCCUACUUGUGGUUGUCCUGAGUCAAAGAAGCAUGUUGAGCACUAUCAGCUUCAAAAACUCUAUCAGUUUCUCACUGGGCUUAAUGACUCAUAUGAAAAUGCUAAGAAUCAGGUGCUGAUGACUAGACCUCUGCCUAAUAUGAAUCAAGCUUAUGCUAUGAUUAUCAAUGUUGAAAGCCAAAGGAUCAAUGGAAAAUGUGUAUAUGGUUCUAAUGAUGCCAAUGAAGCUGCAACUAUGAUGAGUAAUAGGCACUACAACAACAACGAAGGUCCUACAAACACUGGAUACACUGCAGGUUAUAAAACUAAAAACUCAUUCAACAAGUCACCAGUUUAUUGUGAGUACUGCAGGUGCAAAGGACAUACUAAGGAGGAUUGCUUCAAACUACAUGGAUAUCCAAGUGAUUUCAAAAACAAGAAGAGAGGAAGAAAUUUCACUGCUCAGUCCAACAAUGUAAGCAACUAUGGCAGUCAAUCUUCAGAAGCUCAAAAUAAUUCCUUGGGAAGCUCUACUCUCAGUUCUCCAGCUCAAUUCUUUACUCCAGAACAGUACCGGCAGAUAUUGCAGAUAUUGAACAAAGGCAAAGAUGUUGAACCUGUAGCUAAUUCAACAACUACAAGAAUAACAGAUAACACACAUGCUUUUAUGUCUUCCUUGGUGAAUCAUAAGUGGAUAAUAGAUACAGGGGCUUCUAAUCACAUGGUGCAUAGUUUAAAUCUAUUGGAUUCUUAUAAAGAAUUAUCAGAAACAGAUAAAAAUAAAGUAUAUCUCCCUACUGGUGAGAAGGUUAUUAUUACACACACCGGAAUCUGUUCCUUUUUCAGAGAUAAGAAGGUUCAGAACAUAUUGCAUAUUCCAGAAUUCAAGUAUAAUCUACUCUUAGUCUCUAAGAUCACAAAAGAACUAAGGUGUAUGGUGGCAUUCUUCCCUGAUUUUUGUGUCUUUCAGGAACUCUUUAGUGGGAAGGUCCUGGGGAUUGAUGUUUGGGGUCCUUAUAGGAUACCUACUCAUGAUAACAAAAGAUAUUUCUUGACCUUAGUUGAUGAUUACUCAAAGUAUAUUUGGAUCUUUCUUCUAACCACUAAAGCUGAUACUAUUGUGGCAUUGAAAAACUUCCUAGCAAUAGUUAAAAAUCAGUUCAGAACUUCUGUUAAAUGUCUUAGAACAGAUAAUGACACUAAAUUUAUGAAUGAUCAAGUGACUUCCUUAUUGCAAAAUCUUGGAAUUCUUCAUCAAAGUUCCUGUGUGUACACUCCUCAACAGAAUGAAGCUGUUGAGAGAAGACACAGAUCAAUUCUAGAUAUGGCUAGAGUACUGAGAUUUCAUGCCUAUGUACCUUUGCGUUUCUGGGGUGAAUGUGUGUCCACUGCAGUUUACCUACUGAACAGGCUACCUAUUGUUCUCCUUCAGGGAAAGACUCCCUUUGAGGCACUUUAUCAGAAAGGUCCACCCAUUUAA